GGAAGUGAAGCUUGUUCUACUGCUGAGUUGAACGGACUGUGUGCAGAUCAGAGGGAGAUGGACACCUGGGUGGUUCUUAUUCUUCUGUCCUCCACAAUCACACUCACCACAGCCAGUAAGUACACUGUCACUGUCAGUGUGAGGUUAGUGGAUGGUGGCAGCCGCUGUGCUGGGAGAGUGGAAGUUUCUGAUAAAGGACAGUGGGGAACAGUGUGUAGUGAUGACUGGGAUAUGAGUGAUGCUGCAGUGGUGUGUAGAGAGCUGGGCUGUGGAGAGGCUGAAGAUGCACUGAGUGAUGCGCACUUUGGACCAGGAUUAGGACCAAUCUGGAUGGAUGAUGUAGACUGUAGUGGAUUAGAGUCUACACUGAAGGACUGUAUUUUAGUUGGGUGGGAGGAAUCUGACUGUGAUCAUGAUGAAGAUGCUGGAGUCAUCUGCUCAGGUCACAGAAAGUCUAGACUUGCUGAUGGUCCUCAUCCCUGCUCUGGGAGAGUGGAGGUGCUUCAUGGAGAAACCUGGUCCACAGUGUGUGAUGCUGACUUUGACCAGCAGGAUGCAAAGGUUGUGUGUCGAGAGCUGGGCUGUGGUCUUCCUGUGGAAGUGCUGGGAGCAGCAGCUUUUGGCAGAGGGGAGGGUCAGGUGUGGUCAGAGGAGCUUCAGUGUAGAGGCAACGAAUCUGACAUUACUCUCUGUCCAACAUCAUCUUCAGUUAAUCACAAAUGCACUCAUGACAGUGAUGUUGGACUGAUGUGCUCUGGUAAAGAAUGA